AUGAAACUUGUUCUUCCAUUUCUAGUAAUCGUUGCCGUUCUUGUAAGCGGUGCUGAUGGAACGCGUGCUCAUGCCGAUAUGUUUCUCGCAGGAACAAAUGAUUUUAUUGGAACGAUUGACUUUUAUGAAGAUCCAACACCUUGGGGCGUUUUCAUUACUGGUUCUGUUAAUCGUCUGAGACCUCUAGCAACAUUGGGUUUUCAUAUCCAUUCUUUGCCGAUCGGAGACAAUCAUAAUUGUACAGCUGGUGGUGCUCAUUUCAAUCCCUACAAUGUAUCUCAUGGGAUGCCCAGUGAUUCAAUUUUGGAUCGGCAUGUGGGCGAUCUAGGCAAUAUUGAAGUAAAUGCUGAUGGUAGAGCCACUCUUAAUGCUCUUGAUUGGAUUAUUUCGCUUGGAUCCAAUAAGACAAGAAGUGUUAUUGGUUUACCUCUCAUGAUCCAUAAUUUAACUGACGACGGGGGUCACUCUGGCCGAGGCGAAAGCAACACGACUGGAAAUGCUGGUCCUCGCAUAGCCUGUGGAACAAUACGUCUUGAUGGAUAG